AACGUUAGUGCCCGUCUUCACGCAGUUGAACUUAAGCUGGUUAACUUUUGGACACGCAUUCAUUUCUCCUACAGGAAUGUAUUUAACAUGCUCAUAUUUCGCAAUGCUUUUGCUGGUGCACUUUAAUUCGCAAAGGUUUUAACGUAAAGAACGAACGCGAGAUUCUUGAAGGGUCAGAGCAACAGUUCCUGGUCCGUCUGUGAGUUUAGCUGUGUCCAGUGUUGUGCAGGAGAGAACUCAAAGCUAAACUUAACAUCGCUCAUUCCAGCCUUAAAAAUCGGCUAUAAUGUAUUUGAUUGCAUUUCGUAAAGCACUUUUAAACCAACGCUUGAAAAACGUUUGCAAGAAUGAAGUGUUUUGGCGCGGACGAGGGCUGCAAAUAUUAUGCAGAUCCAAGUCAACAGUUCCAAAAAACUACAGCGAUUAUGAGAGCAUGAGAAGGAGCUACAAACCCCAAAUUCCUCUGCAUUAUAAUUUCGCUGAAGACGUGCUCGAGCAGUGGGAAAUGAAGGAAAAGAAUGGACAGAGGUCUUCUCUUCCAGCUCUGUGGUGGGUAAAUGACAUUGAGGAGGUCAGAUGGAGUUUUGAGGAGCUGUGCUUUCACUCCAGAAGACUGGCAAAUGUUCUGUGUCAGGUUUGCGGUUUGGAAAGAGGGGAUCGCAUCUUUCUCAUUUUACCCAGAGUUCCAGAGUGGUGGUUGGUCAAUGUAGCGUGUAUUAGAACCGGUACGGUUCUUAUCCCUGGCACCUAUCAGCUCACGGCUCGAGAUAUCCGCCACAGGCUGCAGGCCUCAGGGGCCAAGUGCGUGAUCACGGAUGAAACCUUGGCUCCGCUUCUGGACUCAGUGGCUUCGGAUUGCCCGUCGCUCAGAACCAAGCUUCUGCUAUCCCACAGGGCCAGACACAACUGGGGCAACAUGACACAACUGAUGGGAACGGUGUCAGAUGAGCAUGUUUGCGUGAAUACCAGGAGCGAGGAGCCCAUGACUAUCUUCUUUACCAGCGGCACAACCGGGUCUCCUAAAAUGACCCAACACAGCCACUGUAGUUUUGGCCUUGGGCUUACAGUGAACGGCAGAUACUGGCUGGAUCUCACGGAACGGGAUGUUUUCUGGAACACGUCAGACACAGGUUGGGCCAAAUCAGCGUGGAGCAGCGUGUUUGCUCCAUGGAUCCAGGGAGCAUGUGUGUUUGUUCACCACAUGCCACGAUUUGACACCAGUACAGUUCUAAAGACUUUGUCCAGGUAUCCCAUCACCACCUUCUGCACAGCACCAACAGCCUAUCGAAUGCUUGUACAGGAGGACAAAUCCAGGUUUCGGUUCCAGGCGCUUGAACACUGUCUGUGUGCGGGGGAGCCCAUAAACCCAGAGGUGAUGUGGAAGUGGAAGGAGCUCACGAGACUACACAUCUAUGAAGGAUAUGGACAAACGGAGACUGUAAGAUUGAUCCGAGAAACAGCUAUACAUGUGCAUCUCCUUUCAUGUAGCCACAAUUUCAUGUUAGACAUCCAUCACAGUAAAAAAUUACUUUCCAUUCAGGUUUUAAUAGCAGGCACAUUCAAAGGCAUGAAGAUCAAACCUGGGUCUUUUGGAAAGGCGGCACCUGGAUAUGACGUUCAGGUGGUGGAUGAAGAUGGCACUAUCGUACCACAAGGACAGGAGGGAAACCUGGCCAUUAGAGUAAAACCACACAGACCUUUUUCUCUCUUUACAGAGUAUACGGGGGAGCCAGAGCGCACAGCAGAAUGUUUCCGUGGUGAUUUUUACUUGACAGGUGACAGAGGAAUGAUGGACGAGGAAGGAUACCUGUGGUUCGUCGGCAGAGCUGAUGAUGUCAUUCUCUCUGCGGGGUAUCGCAUCGGCCCAUUUGAGGUGGAAAACGCUCUGAUAGAACAUCCAGCUGUCGCAGAAUCUGCCGUGGUCAGCAGCCCUGAUCCGGUUCGAGGAGAGGUGGUGAAGGCAUUCGUAGUUCUGACAGCAGCUUUUAAAAAGAGGGAGCAAAAAGGACUUAUCCAGGAACUGCAAAUGCAUGUGAAGAGUGUCACAGCGCCCUACAAAUAUCCACGCAAGAUUGAGUUUGUGGAUCAUCUGCCCAAGACAGUAAGCGGGAAAAUAAGGCGCGUGGAGUUAAGAAAGAAGGAAUGGGAACAAAAGACAAGCUUAAACUGAAAAUGCUACCAGAAUAUUCUUACUUCAUUCCCAUGUCUUCCAACGUUCACAAGUAUAAACAGUUGCACAUUUGUUGACAUGCGUUUCAUAUGCAUGUAUAUUUUGUGUUUGUAUGUAUCUUUGACAGAGAAAGUGCUCUCAAAUUGUUCCUCCAUACGGUUGGGGUUGUUAGCUAUGAUCAUGAUUUGUAUUACAAUUUUUUAAACAACAUGAAUCUUACCUUUAUGGCAUGGAUGUCUAAGACUCAUCUGAUAGCAAAAGUUGUAGUCCUGCUGCUUACCUGCAGGGGGAAACAUUUCAUACCUGUGAACUCAAUCCCAGAACACACUAUUUAAUUCUAAUGCAAUAUACAUUUAACAAGUUUUAUGGUUUAAUAAUGCUCCUACCUCAUGUUUAUUCAAUUUUAAGCACAAUACACCUCAAGACAGCUAAGACAAAUAUUACUGUUUUUGUUUCUUUUUUUAAUAUUUCAUCUCCAUUAUAAAUGUGAAUCAUUUGUUAAGGUAACAAAGAAGUA